AUGCCACCUAUUCGCGGUGGACUCGGCGAGCGCCCGCGGGUGAUCUUGUAUCACCAGACGCUUAUCCCAGGUGGGGGCGAGUAUGUGUCGAUGCUCCCACUUCUCGAGAACAACACCGGGACAACACACGUUAUUCUCGCGGCUGUGCACCUGAAUGAUCAGCCAGGAGACAUCACGCUCAAUGAUGACCCCCAGAACACGCCAAGCGGUGCUGCCCCAGGCUCGUUCACACGGCUUGAUGGCGAUCGGCCGAAAUUUGAACAAUUCUAUUAUCCGCUCUUGACCAUGAUCCGCCGUUAUGGUCUUGAUGGAAUCGAUCUUGAUGUCGAAGAAACCAUGUCUUUGCAAGGUAUUAUUCGGCUUAUCGACCGACUCAAGGCCGAUCUGGGCGAUGCCUUUAUCAUCAGCCUAGCCCCGGUAGCAGCUGCAUUACUGGGAAUUGGAAACCUGUCCGGCUUUGAUUACCGGGAACUCGAGCAGGCUCGUGCGUCCAAGAUCAGCUGGUACAACACCCAGUUCUACAACGGUUGGGGUCCUGCUGAGGAUCCGCGGAUGUAUGCUGCUAUGGUUGCCCAAGGGUGGUCACCGCGCCGUCUCGUGUACGGCCUCCUGACGAACCCGGGCAAUGGAUCACAAGGCUAUGUAUCCCAGGAGAAGAUUGGGCCUGUUCUGGGAAUGUUGGUCCAGCAGUUCCCUAACUUUGGUGGCGUUAUGGGUUGGGAGUAUUACAAUGCUCUACCAGGCGAUACCGCAAAACCCUGGCAGUGGGCUGCUCAGAUGUCCUUGAGCAUGGGUAUGAAAGAUGUUGUCGCUGCUACUCGUCAAUUAAUGUCGGCAGGGCCGAUGGCGAACACCCUCAAUAAUUUGUUCCAAGAUAUGUUGAGUCAAGGACGGCGUUCUUAA